UGGCAACGUCGCUCAAACAGCUGUCAGUCGCAGAGCAGUCCUCAAGAAAACUGUUUUCUCUGCACUUUGUAGUUUUAGUAGAAUGAGAGAGAACAAGACGCGAACGUAAAUUUCAAAUAUAUUCUUAAUUGUGACUAAUUUAUGCGCGUUGAUUUUAAUUUGUAAUAUUUAUGUAAUUAAACACAAAGUGCAGCAAAAAUACACGUAACGGAAAGUGCCGUUGAGCAGAGGAAGAGGCAGAGACAGUAAAAGUUGUGCGCCAAAUCAAUUAACGAGCGUACGACUCGAACGUGAAAAUCGAUUUCAGUUUUGUGUGCUGACCACAUUCAACUGAUGUACAAUUGCACAAAUUGAUUGUAUUCCACCUGCACAUUGAAAGUGCAUAAUGAACGCUGUGCAGCCUUUAGAUCGCUGGAAAGGCGCAAUAUGUCUAAUCUCACUCUGGGCAUUUAUUGCUCGCUGCAGUGCGGCAGAUACGGACAUAACUCUGGAUGCAAAAGCUGCGUUUAAUCAUCGUAUGCAAAGUCUGGAUUUACUUAUAUUUGUUGGCCUGCUGUCCUUAACUGUUCUAACCAUUUGGCUAUUUAAACAUCAUCGCGUCUCUUGGCUCCAUGAGACUGGAUUGGCCGUUAUUUACGGUUUAAUUGUUGGUGCCAUUAUACGAUAUGCGGGCGCAAAUAAACCACUUGUCCAUAUGCAGGUGCAGCCCCAGGGAGAACCUACAUACACUAAUAAAUUGCCACCAGACACACUCUGGUUCAAGUAUCCUGUUAAUUCGACAAACAGUACAAAGCCGCCUGAAGGCAUUAAGACGUAUGCGUAUGUAUUUCGUGGUCAAGUCUAUGAUAUAGAGGAGAAUGAGAUCGAUUUAAAGGCCACAUUCGAUCCAGAAGUCUUUUUCAACAUCAUAUUGCCGCCCAUUAUAUUCUACGCUGGAUAUAGCUUAAAGAAGAAAUAUUUCUUCCGGAAUUUGGGUGCCAUUCUAACGUUUGCCAUUGUGGGCACCACGUUAUCGGCGUUCCUAAUCGGUGGUUUGAUGUAUGGUUGUGUGAAACUGAUGCCAAAUUACUUGAGUAGCAGUUUCACAUUUCUGGACACACUGUAUUUUGGUGCGCUGAUAUCACCCACAGAUCCGCUCACCAUAUUGGCCAUAUUCAAUGAUCUACACGUCGAUGUAAAUCUCUAUGCGCUUGUGUUGGGCGAAUCUGUGCUUAAUGAUGCCGUCGCAAUUGUCCUAAGCGGUGCAAUACAAAACUACGGCGAGCAUUAUUCCAAUUCAGGAGAGUUUGAGACAUCGGCUUUUCUGCGUUCGCUGAGCGACUUUUUCUCUAUUUUCUUCUUAUCGCUGUUGAUUGGCGCUGUUAUGGGCUGCUUUACGGCAUUGUUGACCAAGUUUACGCGUGUCCGUGACUUUCCCUUGCUGGAGUCGGCGCUGUUUGUGCUUAUGAGCUACAGCACCUUUCUCUUGGCCGAAGCCACAGAGCUGACUGGAGUGGUGGCAGUAUUAUUUUGCGGCAUUUGCCAGGCUCAUUAUACCUACAACAAUUUGACAGAGUGCUCGAGACAGCGCACUAAGCAGAUCUUUGAGCUGCUUAACUUCUUGGCCGAGAAUUUUAUAUUCUCAUACAUUGGCGUCUCAAUGUUCACCUUUCCCAAGCAUCAUUUCGAUGCUGGAUUCAUCAUAACCGCUUUCAUUUGCGCCGCUUUGGGACGUGCUGUCAAUGUGUAUCCUUUGUCCUGGUUGUUGAAUAUCAAACGUAAACCCAAAAUCUCAUCUAACUUCCAGCACAUGCUCUUCUUUGCUGGUUUACGUGGCGCCAUGUCCUUUGCCUUGGCCAUCCGGAACACUGUAUCCGAUGCGCGUCAAACAAUGUUAACAGCCACCUCGCUAAUUGUUAUAUUUACAGUCAUCAUUCAGGGUGGCGCUGCUAACUUUUUGCUUAACUGGUUGAAAAUACCCGUUGGCGUUGAUGAUGAGACUGAGCAAUUAAAUAAUUAUCAGGUUCACAGUGUUUACAAUUCCAUGGACAAUUCACAUUCGGCGCCGUCUGAUGGCUACUUGCAGGACGUGGAGGGCGGUGGGCGUGGCAAAACAAGGCUAGCGAGUGGAGCCGAUUCCAAUCAGGAUACGCCAAUGGAUGGAAAUGCAGCGACUGCUGUGAAUGGAGGCGCCGGACGACGACGCAAUAGCCAUGAGAAGGCGAUCCUGGCCCGCAUUUGGGGCAACUUUGAUACCAAAUAUAUGAAGCCGUUAUUAACGCAUUCGAGGCCUACGUUGUUGGAGACCUUGCCAGUUUGCUGUAAUCCCAUUGCGCGUCUGCUCACAACCACACAACAGCUGACACAGGAUGGCAGCGAGUUUAGGCGAGUUGAUUCCGAUUCGGAUAUUUGCAUUGACAACGAUACUGGUAAUGGUGUAGCCCAGGAUGGAGUCGGUGGCGGAGGUCGUCGUAAUUCCAUAAAUCGUAUGGAAAUCCUGGAGCAUGUUCAAAGUCCGGUAUCAACGAGAAUCAAGCUAUUAGGAUUCUAUGGCAAGAAGUUAUAAAAACAAUAGAAAUAAAUAAGUUUCUUUAUUGUUUUUUGCAUUAGAUAUGUAUUUCUAUAUAUAAUCAUAGAGAAUGCUUUCGAAAUUGCCGAACAAUAAUUAGUGUAAAUAAAUAUUAUUUAAGCCUUUUGCGUAUUUGAAGCGUAGUUGCGUUUCAAAAUUAUAGAAUUCUUCAAAUAAAUUUAAAUAAAUAAUUUCGUUUAUGUAACUAAAACAACACGCUAAUAUGCACGAUAAAAUAAAAAAUUGUUAAAAUAUUCGGUUAUAAUGUAUACCAGUUUAUUGUCUAAUUAUAUUGUCUAUUUAUUACAUACAUAUUUAUUAUUUAAUUAAAGCGAUGCGUUUUGAAGAUAUUAAUUGUUAUGCUAUUACUUUGUAAGUUUAAAAUCAAUAAAAAUUCAAGACUAUAAAA